GGAGCCGCACGGACCUAAAGAACGGCGGUUGGCGGCACGCGGCGCUGCGUCGUUGUUUGUUUUCAACAUUUUGUCGAUAAGGAGGGAUGGUGGAGGUGUUUGUGGGUCAUACGUUGGUGAAUAAAGACGGGGAAGAGGUGGAUCCGGAGGAGGCCUUGAAGAAUAAAGUUGUGGGUAUCUAUUUUUCUGGGGGCUGGUGUCCGCCGUGUCGUGAUUUCACCCCGCUGCUGUGUGAGUUUUACACCGAGCUGGUCCAGGAGAGCGAGCCGGCGGCGCAGUUCGAGAUCGUCUUUGUGUCUUCAGACAAGAGCGAAGAUGACAUGGUGAACUACAUGGGAGCGAUGCACGGAGACUGGCUGGCACUGCCCUGGCAUGAUACGUACAAACUAGAAUUGAAGAAGAGAUACUGCAUAACAGCUAUUCCAAAGCUGGUGAUUGUAAAACAGAAUGGGGAUGUCAUCACUGACAAAGGUCGUAAACAGAUACGAGAUCUCGGCAUGGCAUGCUUCAGGAACUGGAUCGAGGUGGCAGAAGUUUUCCAAAAUUUUUCAGUUGAUUGAGAGCUGACUUGAAAUAGGUUGUAGUGAAUACUCGUGAUAUUUGAAUGUAACUUUUAAUGAUGAAACAUAGUUUUGAAACAAAGAGCAACUCUAGCUUUCCAUUGUUAUUUUAAAUAAAGCUCGGUAACCAAAUGUAAUGAACAAUGCAAUUGUAAUCAUUUUGCAGACUUUUCAAAUAUAUGCUUUAUAAAAAUGAACAAAUAUUUAUACUGCAUAGACAU